AUGGCUUCUAUGGACGCCGUCUUCGCCGCCUACAAAAAGCGACGGGCCGCUCUGGAAGCAAGCAACAACCCCUUCGCCAACGGUGUCGCCUGGAUCGCAGGCGAGCUUUCGCCACUAGCAGAGGCACGGAUCCCAAUUGUUGACCAGGGCUUCCUUCAUGGCGACAUGUGCUACGAUGUCCCGUCGGUAUGGGAUGGGAAAUUCUUUCGCUUGGACGAUCACAUUACGCGAUUCGACGCCAGCUGUGCAAAGCUCAGACUAAAGCUGCCGGUUCCGAGAGAAGAGCUCAAGAGCAUCUUAUUCGACAUGGUCGCAAAGAGCGGGAUGCGAGAUGCCUACGUCGAACUAAUCGUCACACGCGGGUUCAAGGGCGUUCGAGAGGCCAAGCCAGAGGACAUUGUCAACAACUUGUACGUUAUACUGUUGCCAUACGUCUGGCUCAUGGACCCAGACAUGCAAUACACCGGCGGCAGCGCCAUCGUUGCACGGACGGUUCGACGGACUCCCCCCGGGGCCAUGGACCCCACCAUCAAGAACCUGCAAUGGGGCGACAUGGUGCGCGGAAUGUACGAGGCCAGGGACCGUGGAGCCAGCUAUCCGUUCCUUACGGAUGGAGACUCCAACCUGACUGAGGGCUCCGGAUACAACAUUGUCUUUGUUAAGAACGGCGCCAUCUACACGCCCGAUAGGGGAGUGUUGCACGGCAUCACACGCAAGACCGUCAUGGAAGUCGCUCGUGCCAAUGGGAUCGAUGUUCACGUCGAGGUGGUGCCCGUAGAGAUGGCGUACACGUGCGAUGAGAUAUUCAUGUGCACCACGGCUGGCGGUGUCUUGCCAAUAACGGUUCUCGAUGGACAGCCCGUCAAGGAUGGCAAAGUUGGACCGAUAACGAAGACGAUUUGGGAUAGUUACUGGGCGAUUCACGAUGAUGCUGCGUAUACGACCGAGGUCAAUUACCUGGCGAACUGA